AUGCCUGGAGGACGAGGGGCGAAGAAGAGUGGACGCGGUGACGGAGGACGCGGUGAGGCGUCACGUCAGUCGCGUCGUGUUCAAGGUAUGGAGCCUGAGGAGCACAAGGGCCUGGAAACAGUCGUCCGCGACGCUCGGAAGGCGAAGAAGGCUGCUCGCGAGAGCGAGGCAGUGCAAGGUGGGGACGUCGAGGCGUCUGCAGUCCAAGGUCAGCCUGCUGCUGGAUCGCAAACUCAGGAGGAAGAAGUUUCCCCUGGGUUCCAAGGUCCGACGGAGGUGAAUUCUGGGUCGCGGAUUCCUGAAGUCCCAGAGGAUCACACCCGCGAGGGUGGUGCUCAGGCGUCUGAGGAAGGCGCCAAUGCGGUUGAGCCCCCGGAGGAGAUUGACUUGGUCUCAUCUUCGGACGAGUCUGUUGUGGAAGCGAAGUCGGAGCCCGUGCGAGCGAAGGAGGAGGCGAAGACUCAGGGUUCCAAGCGUUUCAGCGCCAAGUUCGCAAGCGACAUCCGGGAAGUUGCUGCGCCUGCUCCGGAAUCGGGAGCAGCGGCGUUGGACGCCGGGAGCAUGGUGCUGUACGUUCGACGUGAAGUUCGAUGCUGGGAAGAGGUGAAUCCUGGGAAGGUGACGCCGCCAAGUGUCGUUUAUGAGUGGCCGACUCCGAAACCGGAUGCCAACUCGUACUUUGCGGCCGCGUACACAACGGGAGACUACCUCAAGUGGCGUUUGUCUCUGGAGAAUCAAGAUGAAGCCUGGAUCUCUGAGUUUCACCUCGCCCGAUGGGGCGUCAGAACUGCUCAGGAUCUCAUGGCGACUACGAUUCCCCAGAGUAUCAUGACCACCCGCGAGUGUGUCACCAUUCUGCAGACUCUGUUCUUCGAAGCCGGAUUUGAGUUUGUCAAUUUGAUCCCUAGCUGGUCUUCGACGCGUGCUUCCAGGAUUCCAGAAAGUCUGGUGCGCUCUGUCAUGGAGGAAAACCAGAAUUUCAUCGCCGUGGAACUGGUCGAGUGGAGAUUGGUGAUAGCUGGUGUGCCUUUCAAGGUAAACUCUGAAGAUCACGCCGCACCAAGCGCCCAAGAGCAAGCACCAAGACUGGACUACCACAAGGAAGAUGGAGACGGUGAUCUAUUGAUGACGGACUACGAUGCGGAUCUACUGGGCCGACAGUUUGUCCUGAGAUUCAGAGUCACUGGACUCAGGAUUUCAGGGAGCCCACGAGGGUCGAGUGAUGGUGAGCCACGAUCCAAGCGUAUUCAGCAUGGACCGCCUCGGCCACAAGUCCCGUCAACGCCAUCCGCGUUGUCUACACCGUCGCUGUCCUCUCUUCCAGCGUACAAGUCUUCGACUGGUGCCUCGCUUCAGAAUUCCACUCCCCUGAAUUCCGUGUCCAAUGGACGUGAUUCUCUGGAGGCGGAAGCCAAGGACGCUACCCCAGGCGCGGUGCCAAGUGUCACCGGUACCUCGCGCGCUUCGGAUGAGAGUACUGCCUCGGGCGUUCAAACGUCUUAUGCUGCCGGGGAUUUUGGAUUUCAGGUCACCCGGACAGUCAUCCCGUCGCGUAUUGUGUCAGCCGACCAAGAUGACGUUGAGAUGGCAUCGUCGGUGCACUAUGACCCAGCGAUCGCACCCAAGAAGGCCGGUCUCCCCAGGAUUUCAGCCACGACUUCCGAGCCGAAACUCAGGGUUUCUGCCCCGAUUGCUGGAUUUGGUGGUCCAAGGGAUGUCAGCGCCGAUGAGCGGAGUCAACACCAGAGCUCUAAGAGCGAGGUGCGCUCUCGACGCUCGACGAAAUCCAGAAAAUCAUCUGCGUCGAGCUGCUCGAGUGGAUCCAGGAAUCUUGGGUCAGUUUCGUCCGUGUACGCGAGGUCUGGGCCCGCCCAAAUCGAGCUGAACGUCUUGCGACAACAGCAGGAGUGGCAGGCCCGCUUGGAACAGGAGCAGCGCGAGUUUCUCGCCAGAGAACGCCUGGAUGCCUUGGAGCGCGAGCGCCUCAGGGAACAAUGUGACCUGUACGCGCGUCGCCAGAUCCAGGAACUUACGGAUCGCUUGGUCCACGCUGAGAUCGCCCGAGGAGAAGCGGAACGGCGUGCGCAGGACGUGGAGGCUCGCCAGACCCAGCGUUCCACUGAAACUCAGGGGAUGGCCCAGAGUAUCCCGGAAGCUGUACGUCUUGAGCGUGAGCGCCUGGAUGCCGCCUACGCCGAGCGCUGGCGACGGCACGAAGCCGAAGCCGACUCGGAGCGCGCGCGCUGGGUUUCCGAGACCUGCGCCGGUUGGAAGGAACAAAUGUCAACUAUGGAGCAGAAGGUCCAAGAACUUGAGGCGGAGAAAGAGCGAGAGCGGGAGUCUUCCGAGAAUAUCCAGCGCUUCCACGCCGGCCAAGUGCGCGACCUUCGUGCAACAUUGGCCCAAGUUCAAGCGCGUCGCGCAACCGUCGCCCCUGAUUUGGCAACAAAUGUGAGGUCGUCAGUGGCUCAGAACCCUGAAGUUGCAACCCGACCCCAAGAAUCCAGUGGUGUAAUCAACGGAAACGCAAGUGUCACAGGCCAGAGACGGGAGACAGCUGAUCCGACAAACACUUCCGAAGUCGCCGCCUCCCAGCUAAGCGCGACCGUCGCGCAGACUUCCGCCGACACUUCCGGCAGAAUCGCGCGCGUCAAGCGGGGACAUGGCGCUACGGAGACUAAGGUGACGCAGGAUGUCAAGCUCGAGCCUGUGUCUCUGGGGAAGACGCCGGAUCCCAGGAGAACAGCGACCUCUAAUCCCUCGCAGGACUCUAAAACAGACUCCAAGCGCUCUGCACCCAAGAAACACCAGCAGCAGAAGAAGAAGCGUCAGGAUGUCAAUCCACCCUCGGACUCAGACCCAAGCUCCGAUUCCAGCGAUGAUGACUCGUCCUCUGAGAGUUCGGAUGACAGUUCGCACGAGAACCCUGGGGUUAACCUGACGACGGCCUCUACGGCUCAAGCUGGCACUACGCUCCUGACGUUCAGACCGUACAUCAACUCGAAUACUCUGGGUGAGUUCGAUACUAAGGCGUCACUCAAGGAACGCGUGCAUUGGUGGGAGCGUUUUGCGAACAUGGCAGCUCAGGGAGGUUGGUCUACGAAGAUGCGAAUUCAGGAACUCAAGUUGAAACUCUCGGGAGCUGCGCGUGACUGGUUCAACUAG